UUGGGAGAAUCACAAGGGGAGAGCGCCGACCUGCCUUGGCCACCACAGGCAGGCAUGAUGAAGUCACUACGCUUUGCUUCUGCUGAGGCCCUGGUGUCCCACCCCCAGGUGGCCCUGCAAGGCCUGGACAGUGUAUCCCACAACCUCUACCCACUUCUUUUCAAAGCCAGCUACUUGCUGGAGCGGGCGGAAGUGAUCCGAGUUCUGCUGGAGCGAUGGCCACUGGAGGAGUUCCGGCUGGGUGCCCUGCUGGGGCCGAGCGCAGACCACCCAGAAGACCUGCGGGACCGGGCCUGCAGGGCCUGCCUGGAGGCCUGCGUGAGGGGCCUGGCGGACCACGUGCUGCACAGCAGGGGCCAGCAGCGGCUGCAGUUGGCAGAUCUCAUGGGAGUCCGAGAUGUGCAGGUGCAACAGUGCCCCUGUGGGAGGGCCCUGGGCAGGUGGGGCCGCACAGAGCUGCUGGCCAGGACCUGCUGUGAGCUGCAGGCAUGUCCCCAUGCAGCCCGGCGUUCCAUAAAGGUCCUGGCUGAUCUCUUUGUCACUGAGGGAAACUUCCAGGCUGUGGUGCAGGCCCUGGCACCCGCAGGCCCCGCCCCACUGCGCGUGCACUGCCUCUCCUUCCGGGCGGACAGCCUAGACCCCAGUCAGCUCCUGCAGGUGCUGUGUCUGGCCAGGCCAGGCGAGCUGCGCAAGCUGCAGGUGGUGCACAACGUGCGGCUGCACGCCGGCCACGUGCAGCAGCUGCUGGCCCAGGUGCAAUUCCCCCGGCUGGCCUCACUCACCCUGCCUGCCAAGGCCUUUGACAGGCCCCCUGCCGGCACCCACACUGCAGAGGAGGAGGACCCCCUCCUCACCUCCAUCGCCUGGGAGCUCAGCCAGAUGACUCAGCUCACUGAGCUGAGUGUGGCUUUUUCCACACUGACAGGGAAGAUCCAGAAACUGCUUGGCCCCCUAAGAACCCCGCUGCGAGUGCUGGACCUGGCCAACUGCUCCCUGAACCACGCGGAUAUGGCCUUCUUGGCAGACUGCACCCAUGCCUCCCACCUGGAGGUGCUGGACCUCAGUGGGCACAGCCUGGUCCACCUUUUCCCUUCAACCUUCUUCAGGCUGCUGGGCAGGGCUGCCCAGACGCUGAGGGUCCUCACCCUGGAGGAGUGCAGCAUCGAGGACCGCCACCUGAGCACACUGAUCCUGGCCCUGAGCCCCUGCCACCAGCUCCAGGAGCUCCGCUUCCUGGGGAACCCCCUGUCUGCCUCUGCCCUGCGGCGCCUCUUCGUAGCUCUCUCUGAGCUCCCCAAGCUGCGGUGGGUGGAGUUCCCAGUGCCCAAGGACUGCUACCCUGAGGGUGCCGCCUACCCCCAGGACGAGCUGGCCAUGUCCAGAUUUGACCAGCAGAAAUACAACACAAUUGCCGAGGACCUGCGUGGGGUGCUCCUGCGGGCUGGCCGGGAUGACAUCCAGGUCUCCACACCAGUCUUUGGAAGCUUUGACCCAGAUAUUCAAGAGACAAGCAACGAACUUGGAACUUUCUUGCUGCAAGCUUUCAAGACUGCCCUAGAAAACUUUUCCAGGGCUCUGAAACAAAUGGAGUAGUCCCUGCAACAGGCCACAGCAGGUGUUGCAUUUCAGCCUCAGGUCGGCAGCUUGGGCUGAGCAUUGGUGCCCUUGCCACUGUCACCCAAAGCAUUUCUUAGUCAAAGUUGUACAUGGUAUCAGUUAGGCGCUCUAGGAGAGGAAGCCCUGCCUUCCAGUAGAUGUGACAUGAGGGCCACUUUAGCGUCAAAGCACUGCAGGCGUGCUGGAGCGGAAAAUGCCCUGGGGUCCGCAGAAGCCACCGUCACAGUGGUGGGCACAAAGAGGCACCAGGAGACCGAGAAUGGCUGUCCUGGUCGCGGCGCGUCUUGGGCUGCGUGUGAGGGGCAGGCUGGUAGUGGCAGCAAAGAGGAGGUGGGCGGGAGUUGGGGGGAGCAGGACAUCAGGCUCGCAUGAGCAGGGAAGAAAUGAGAGAAAAUGUCAGAGAACAACCAACUGGAAGAAGAGUGAGAGUGAAGAGCAGGGGAGCCACACACUGCCCCACCCCCCUUGGGUGUCUGCAGUGCUGACGCUUGCAAGGUGACAUCUGUUUGAAUAUUUGCAAAGGCCGGUCUAGCACGGACAGUGGGCUUUGGUGAUUAAUGGCCCCUGUCCACUUUUGAGGAGGUGAGCAGUGCUCGGGCUCUGCCACUGCUGGCUGAGCCCGAGAGCACCAGGUUAAGGAACCAAAGGGCCUCCCGGGAGGGCGUCUGUCACGGCAGGGGCACCACAGUGCUAGCAGUGACCCCACGCCCUGCUGCCUGGCUUCUGCCCCCUUAGACUCCGAGGCCCGGGCAGGGCGCUCUGCUCUGACACAGGCAAGCGGCUCUGCCUGGUUGUCUCAGUCCUGGCUCUGGAGAGGACACAGAUAGACUUGGUUUCCCCCAAGCCCUGAUUGGUGCAAAGAUGGUUA